AUGGCAGAAAAUAAGGAGCAGCAAUCACCUUACCCUUUGGCACCUGCAGCUAAUGGCUACGCAAGAAGUGACACUGAAUCAGCAUCCCAUGAUGCAAAAGAAUUACGUAAAAAGAAACGUAUGAAAUGUUUACUGUAUAUUGUCCUCUUUGCUGUGUUUCAAACUGGAAUCAUACUGCUUUUUGCCCUAACCGUGAUGAAAAUCAGAACUCCCAAGUUUCGCGUGCGUUCAGCAGCGUUUGAGACCUUCAAUGUCGGAACACCAACAAACCCUUCAUUGAGUUUAAGGAUGAAUGCAGAGUUUGGAAUCAAGAACACGAAUUUUGGGCACUUCAAGUACCAGAAUAGCACUGUUCAUUUCUUCUACGGCGGCGCGCAGGUUGGCGAGGUGGUGGUGCAGAGGGCACGGGCCAAAGCGAGGUCGACGAGGAAGUUUAAUGCGGCGGUGGAAUUGAGUUUUCCGGAGAACUCGCAGCUGGGAAUUGAUUUGAGUUCUGGUUUUGUGCGCCUUACUAGCCAAUCGAAACUCAGGGGAAAAGUGGAGUUGAUGAAGGUGCUUAAGAAAAAUAAGUCUACUGAUAUGAAUUGUUCCAUGGACAUUGUGACUACUACACAGCGACUGGCGAAUAUUGUGUGCAAAUGA